GUUCCUCAAUUUGGCAAAGCACGUUUUCAUCAUUAGAUGAUCUUUGAAAUGAAGUAAGAUGGCUUUGAAGCAUCAGUGGGACAUGAUCAAACUGUCUGGGCAAGAUGGAGAAAACAGAAAUAGUGAGGCAAAAAAAGGAUUACUGGACACGCGCUAUAGUACAAAUGAUCAAAUCGCCUUUAAAAUUCUCCAGGCUGAUGUUACAGAGAGGAAGCUGGACUUCGCCAAGAAAGGGGCAGACCUUCCACAGGCUUGAAACAAAGCAUCGCACAUCAAGUUGAGGCAAGACCUAGCUCCUCCCUUACUUCACGGCUGGGUGAGGAGAUGUUGGCGUCACAAAACACAAAAAUGAUAUCACCUAUCAUUUCCCAGCUGAUUGAUGAGAGGAAAUCAAUGGAAAACGGAGCCCUGCUGCCUCUGCCACAAGCAAUCGCUCAGCCUCAACUGUGUCCCCCCAAGCCAGCUUCGGACAGGCACAGUGGAGUGACCAUGUACAGGUCAUUUGCUCCAGACAGUUUGGGAAUUCUGACUCCAUCAGAUGAGCAAGGACUAGAGACAGAACCACUGUCCACGGGGGACAACCUGGGCAGAGGCCCCCACAGAGGGUUCUCAUCUAUCACCAUCACUGCACGACGUGUAGGCCCUCCGGCCAACUCCUUAGUAUGGGACACUGUUAGGGACUCACUAUAUCCCAAUUGCAGGGCCAAGGAUGCUUUGCUCCAAGAGCCCCCAGCUCUGGCCAGUGGUACCCAUCUAUGUCAGCACAGCGGAUCCUUGACCUGUACAGAGUUCCCCAGCAGUGGCUCCAUAGAGGGGAUGAAGGUACCCCAGGCUCAUACGAGGCUGUGUGCAAGGCAGGAGUACUGGAUCACCCACAUGGGUGACAAAGAGGACAGUUUUUCUUCAGACAGUUCACCAUCAAGAAGAGUGCCACUGGUGUUCAGUUCAUGUGUCCACCUCCGGGUGUCUCAGCAGUGUCCCAAUGCCAUUUACUAUUUGGACAAAUCGCUCUCUGUCCCCCUUGAGCAACCUCAGAUUGCUAGCCCCAAAGUCCACAGGUCUGUCCUGUCUCUCAGCCUCCGCUGUAGUUCCCACAGGUUAACAGCAGAUGGCGUAGACAGCACAGCUAAUGGCGAGCCAAUCAGCAGAGCCCUGCCGCGGGAGCUUCUGGAGGGAAAGCAGGACCUCCUAGGUCCACAGUUGGGCCAGCGGCAGGAAGGUCACUGGAAGGAGAGCCCAGCAUUGGUGCCAGUACAUUUGGGGAGUGGCACGUGCCCUCGGACUAGCUCCCCUCCCCUGGAAAAAGUCAAAUUUGCAGAUGUGAGAAGGAACCAGGUCCCAGUGAAAAAGGAGAAAGAGGAGCUUGCCACAUGUACCACUAGCAGCCAUGCCGACCAACUCUCCAUCCAUAUUCCCGGCUGGAGUUACCGGGCAGAAACAAAAGAAUUUUCUGGAAACAGCAAGGAGCAACAAGAAGAAGCACAAGGAACUCUUCCUCCUUCCCCAGUGGGACAGAAGCCCAUUAAACACUUCCCUUUUGAUGGAGACAGUUCACCAAGCAAUGAUGGGCAGUCUAGCAUCUUUUCUGAGUCCCAAGAGAGACAACACCCGUACUUCCUGACAACCAGAGUCCCUUUGUCUGUGUUUCUUUGCCCUUUACAAGUCACAUGUGCCUCUCCUCAGGAAGAUGAUACUGCUCAGAUAGAGAAAGAGUUCCCCAAAGAUUACACCUGCUGCGACUUGGUUGUAAAACUAAAGGAAUGCAAGAAGCAGGAGGACCUCCUUGCCACUCCUGAGCCCUCACCAGCAAUGCCCUCUCCAACAGCCGCAGAGGAACCAGGGAGCUCUGACCCGCUGGAAGGUAGUUCUGAGCCUCGGCACCUGCUGGCAAGCUCCAUGACCUUGCAGGAAGCGCUGGAAGUCCGUAGACCUCAGUUCAUUUCUCGCUCGCAAGAACGGCUGCAAAAACUUAAGCACAUGGUACAGCAAAGGAAAGCCCAACAAAAGGAAAACCUGGGGCAGAAGCAGAGCCUACUUCCUGUCCGUGCCCACAAGAAGCAGUUCACCGUUCCCCAUCCUCUUAGCGGAUUUACUUUUAUUUUAUACAUAGAGUAUUUGUCUGCAUGUGUACACUACAUGCAUGCCUGGUGCCCAUGGAGACAGAAGAAAGGGUCAGAUCCCUUGAAAACAGGACUUCCAAACUGUUAUAACUUGUUCAAACCCAAAGAAAGGUGCAUUUCAGAGAAGGAGAUGCAUAUGAGGUCUAAAAGAAUCUAUAAUAACUUGCCGGAAGUUAAAAAGAAAAGAGAAGAGCAAAAGAAGAGAGUGAUCUUACAGAGUAACAGACUCCGAGCAGAAGUCUUCAAAAAGCAAUUACUGGACCAGCUCCUUCAGAGAAAUGCCGUCUGAUCCCAAGUGGCCCUGCUAGCCACAGCCUAGAUCUGGGAAGACGGCCGACGUUGGAUGAGCCAUUAAACUUAACACUAUCUUCACAUGUGAAAGAUACUUUUAUUUUACUUUUUUUUUCUUUCUGAAAGACCCAAACAAACAAAAGCAACAGUCCUGGAGUCAAUAGAUCAGCAGUCCAUUGCUGGGACUUCUGUUACUCAGAACCUGCUAGACACCCCACCCCACCCCCUUUUUAAUUAUUAUUAUUGUUAUUAUUUUGACUUGUGGAUUUUACCCAUUGCUUCUGAAGUUUCCAGGAUACCAUUUCCACCCAAGCAGGAAAGCUUUGUAUAUUCAAGUAUGCUUAGAUGUUGGGUUUUUUUUUUGGGGGGGGGGGGUGCAGUGCUUUUUUUUUAAUCAAAUUUUUGAGAAGCAAAAAUCUAUCAUAUUUUAAUUCUUAAUCCCAAUGGCCUCCAAUUCUGAAAUCCAAAGUCUGCUUAUCAUACACACCUUGGAGCACCAGAGACUGACUUUGAAAUGGACAGGCGAAGGGGCAGAGCACAGGCAAGCCCCAGAGCCCUCUGCCUCUCUUCCACCCUACCCCACAGAGCCUGCUUUUGUCAGCCAAAGCCCUUGUUUCAGUGGGAGCCCGAGAAUGACUGGGUGAGGACAUCAGUGGUUUCAGCACACACACACACACACACGUAUGCACGCACACACAUGCAAACGCACGCUGGAAGUUAUCUGGAUCAAAUGGCCUAGCAAUACCCACCCUCAUAUUUUCUUUCAAGUAUUCUUCAUAAAUAUGCAUUUGUGGAUUUAAGAACAAAUUAGUUUUGCAACAAAAAAUGGAAAUAA